GCAUGUUGAUAUCGUAAAUUUUUACCAAUUUGUGUUAAUUUAUCACGUCAUAUUUCUCCUUUUUGUUUUUUCGAUCCAUGAAUUUCUUUCUUUAAUAGAAUAUCAGCAUCAAAUUGUCGCAUUAGCUGUUCCGUCCGCCAUUUCCACGGCAAAGUAGACGAAUGUGACACACUGCGCAUGGUCGUGUUAUUUUUUUCAGCCGUUGUGAAGCCUCUUUUGCGGGCUUGCGAGUUGUAAAAAAUGAUAAGAUUUAGAGUCAGCUGCAUUUCAUCUGUGGGCUGUUGAUAUUCCCUAAGCAUAUCUGAGUGUCUGCAAGGUGCUCAAUGAUGAACAACCCAGAGUCAUCUGAAAAUAAUAUGCAUAGCACACCUGAGAGUGGCGGAUUGGGCGGUGGCCCCGAGCAGACCGCCGCCGAGUGCCGUCCGCCGGCCUCCCCGCAGGUGGCGGCCCGGCCGGCGCCGCCGGUGCUCACCCGACAUCCGAUCGCCUCGCCGUCGCCGCCUCUGGUACGCCACACCAAACAGGUGCGCACCUACAGCCGGCCGGUGCCGAGCGCCGUCCAGCCGCGGCAGCCGGUGCCCAGUCGCGCGCAGCAGGUGCUGCAGGCGGCCGUGGGCCGCGGCGCGCCCCUCCAGCAGCGUCAGCCGCCCGCCGCCGCCGGUCGCCGGCCGCCGCUGCACCAGCAGCCGGCGCACCAGGAGCAGCCGCAGCAGUACGUCAUGGCCGCGACGACGGCCGAGCAGCAGCCGACGCGCAUGGUGGCCGUGCAGGUGGCCGGCGCGCCGCACCAGUAUCGACUGGUCUCGCAGCCGGCGGCUGCGCCCCGCCUGGCGCACACACAGUACAGUCUGGUGGCGACGCCGCCGGCGCCGCAGCCGCAGCCGACCGACGCAGGGCUGCUCGUGGUGAACGCCGCGCCGGCCAGCGCCACCCUUGCUGUCCCGCAGCGCCAGGAUGGAGUCUACAUGGUGACGCCGGCCGUCCAAAGCCAACCAACGGUGGACGUGCCAGUCCAAAGGACGAUCGGCGGCGGCGGCGGGCCGGCGAUGCGCGGCCGUCCCGCAGCCAGUGGCCCGCGCCCCGCCGGCCGCGGCCGGGCCGUCGGCCGAGCGGUGCUGACUUCCGUGGGCCGCGGCCUGGGCCCGCCGGCUCCGACCUGUCAGCGUCCCGGCGAGCCGCCGCCGCCGCCCCAGCCGGUGGCGGCGCCCGGCCAGCCCUUCGAUAUCUCCCAGAUUCCCAUCGAGUUUGAGGAGCCCGCGGUGACUGCGGCGCGCACACAGGCGGCGGCGGUGGCGGCUGCCCAAGGCACUGUGGUGCGCUCACAGUCUGUGGCGGCGGCUGGCCAGGGCGCUGCGGUGCGGACACAGGUGGUGACUGCCCAGGUCACUGUGGCAGGCACACAGGCGGCUGCAGCUGCCCAGGGCUCUGCGGCGCCCGCUGCUGUGACGGCCACUGGAACCACAGCCGCGGCACCGGCAGCGGUGGCCGGGACGGCGGCGGAGCCCCGGCCGACCACCCAGACACUGGUCGAGUAUGUGUCUGCUGGCCAGUCAGGUCAGGCGACCCCUGCAGUGCGGAAAAAGACCAUCACCAUGGAGCAGUACAGGGAAAUGCAAAGGAAGAAAAAGGAGCGCACCCAGUCACUCGACUCGUCUCUUCAGUACGUCUCAGGCGAGGGAGGCCAGCGGUUCCAGACGUACGGUCGCGCCACGGCGCCAAUACUGAGUGGUCAACUGCAGGCCACCGCCGCCGGCAAACAGCUGGCGGCAGUCAUCGACAGGACUUUGGUGCUGAAGGAUCCAUCCCGUUCGACCAGCGCUGGAGACAGCGGUAGCGCCGCCAAAAAGCCAGAGCCGUACUCGCCGCGGACGGUGCCCGGUAAGCGGGCUCUGUGCCCGUUCUGCGCCCAGUCGUCGCUCGACUUCCGGCGCUGCGACUACUGCCGGCGGCCGCUGUCAGCCGACUGUAAGGUGGUCGACUCGCCCUCGCCCGCCCCCUCGCCCUCCCCCUCUCCCUCGCCCUCGCCCUCGCCCUCGCCGGCGGCGGCGAGACCGGCCACCGAGCAACAGUCCAUCAUCGUGUCCCUGUCGCCGACCACGUAUUCGCGUGUGAUCGCCCAGCCGCGGCCUGUGGUCAGAGUGGGAGCUGGCCGGCCGCCGCCGCCCCCUCCCCGUCAGCAGAGACGGGUGCGCCGGCGACUGACUGAGGAGCCAGAGUGUCUAACCAUCUCAUCUGACGAGGAGAGCCCGACGCCGACCCGUCCGUCGCCGGCGGUGACGCCCCAGGCGGCCGACGGCAGCGGUGGCACGCGCUCGUCGACUGAGGAGGGCACGCCCGGCGCCGGCGGCGACAGCGCGCGGCUGAACGGCGAGGAGCCGACUGCCGGCGGUGUCAUUGGUGCGUGCGGCGGUAAGGCGGCGGCAGACGCGGCGGACGCGCCGAUCGAGGAGUGCUGGCAGCGCGACCUGCUGGCGCUGACCGGCGACGGCUCGCUGCCCGGCGGCUACGUGCUGGAACGGCCGCGCGCCGUGCGGUUCGGCUCGUACCGGCCCGCCUGCGAGCAGCCGGUGCUUUUCAGCGAGCAGGGCGUCCAGCUGCGGCUGCCCACCGCCGGCCGGACCCCAACCACCGUGGGCCUCACGCUGCCGCCGGACCGGCUGACGCGCGUGCAGGCCCACUUCGGCUCGCAGAUGAUGGUGCUGUUUCUGUACCUGACGACCGAGUCUGGAGCGCCCAUCCGUCGCAUCCUGCAGAUGUCCGACCCGGCAGACGUCUACUUUGAUCCGGAGAGCACUCAGGAGGCACAGAAACGCGUCACGUUCAUAUUCGAGGAGAACCUCUCGGAGGAGUCGCGCAUCACCCUCCUGCAGGUGUUCAAAAGCUCUGUGGGCGAGAAGCGAGUCAUCGAGAUCAACAUGGCCGAAGCCAACCGUAUCCUGGUGAUGUCGGCGCCACCGCUGCUCUCCACCAGCCUGCAGUCGCACCAGCAGCAUAUGGUCAAAACCCUGCUGCAGUUCCCGCCUCCGCCCGCCUCUGGGGCCAUCGCCGUCACCACGGACGACUACUGCUGCCUGGAGGAGGAGCAGUUCCUCAACGACGUCAUUAUCGACUUCUACCUCAAGUACCUGGUGUCGUCCCGUCUGGCCGAGUCGGACCGGCGGCGGACACACGUGUUUAGUUCGUUCUUCUACAAACGGCUCACCACUCGUCCGAGUAGCCGGCACGGCCGUCGCCCGGCUGAGGACAGCCUCAAGAUGACCGCCGCAGAGAAGCGACACGCCCGGGUCAAAGGCUGGACCAAGAGCGUGGAUAUAUUCGACAUGGACUUCCUAAUAGUGCCCAUCAAUGAGCACUCCCACUGGUUCCUGGCCAUCAUCUGCUUCCCGGGCCUGGAGGGCUUCCAGAGACUCUGCGACAACGCGCCGUGCGAGCCUCCGGAGCCCCGUCGGUCCCGCGCCGCUGCCCCGCCGCCGCCACAGCCCCCGCCGCAGCCCGCUGCUGUGCCGGUGGCUGCUGCGGUAACGGUGCCGUCUCAGGUCGGCAACACGCGUAUUGUGCCGGUGAAGGUGGAGCCGCCCGAGGAGCAGCUGGACGACAGUGAUCGGGACGAGGCGGAGGGAGACGACGAGGACCUGGAUGCCGAGCCCGAGGAGGGCGAUGAGCCGCGCGCCGCGCCCGCCGCCGAGGGGUCGGCAGUGACGCCGGCGGCGGGGGAGUCGGCAGGGGAGGGAACUCAGCAGCAGCAGCCGUCGCCGGCGGCGGCUGACGCGGCGCCGGCAGCCCCCGCGAAUGGGGAGGCUGCCGCCGCCGGCUCUGCUGCGCCGGAGGAGCCCGCCGCUGCCGGAGAUACCAAGGACGCCAAAGGAGACUCGGCCGGCAGCGCUGCCGAGGAUGAGUUUGAACUGGAGACGCCGAUACCGGCCGUCUGCACCAAGGACUGGCCGCCGACGGCCGUCAAACAGCCGUGUGUGCUCAUAUUCGACUCGCUGGCGGGCGCCAGUCGGUCCCGCGUGGUGGCAACCAUCCGAGACUACCUGAGGGUCGAGUACAGCGUCAAAAAGGGCGGCCAGCGGCCCUUCAGCAAGGACACCAUCAAGGGCUGCUGCGUCAAGGUGCCGCAGCAGAACAACUUCAGCGACUGUGGCGUCUACGUGCUGCAGUAUGUGGAGAGCUUCUUCCAGAGCCCGAUCCGGGACUUCCAGGUGCCGCUGAUGCCUCUGCCGCGCUGGUUUCCGCCCGAGCGGCCUCUCCACAAGCGUGAGCAGCUGGCGCGGCUGAUCGAGCGGCUGGCGCGCCGCCAGAACCCCGAGAACGCUGCCGGCCUGCCGCGGCUGCUCUUCAACUCGGCGAUAGCGGCUGGAACAGCGACCGUAGAGCCGCCGCCGGCCCCUGGACGCGACGGGAAGCCGCCGCGGCCGGGCGCGCCGGCGGCCGGCCCGGUACCCCGGCAGCUAGUGGUGACUCGGAACACGGCCAGUGCUACUCGCCAGCAGGCGGCCAACCAGCCGGGCAGGCCGCCGGCCGGCGCACAGAGGCACGUGCAGUACGUGACGCUGAAACCCGAGAGCGGCUCGGCGGCGACUGGCAGGUCCGUGCAGCUGCUGUCUCUGCAGGCCAAGCCGGGCCGUGGCAUUGCGGGCAGCACGCCCACCAAGCUGUCCAUCCGGCCGCUGAAGCCGGUCUCCCCUGGUCAGCGGCCGCUGGUGCUGGCCUCUCGUCAGGUGUUACUGGGUCCGGCAAAACCCUCCCCGGCCCCGGUCAGGCCUACGGUGAAGUUCGUAACCCAUCGACCGGUCACGACGCAGGCCAGACAAACCGGACUUCAGCCGACGAGUAUCGUGACGUCGCCGGCAGUGGCGGGGCAGAAGUCGCCGGCCGGCUUGGUGAAGGUGUCUGUGCCGGCGGGGAUUACCGUGAGGCCGGUGCCGCCGGACCCGGAGCCGGAGCCAGAGCCGGAGCCAGAGCCGGAGCCGGAGCCGGUGGUGACCGAGGCGGGACCCGUGCUGGUGGAGCCGCGUCAGGAGGUGGCGGCGCCCCGCUCUGCAGAGGCGCCGCAGAGGCCGGCAGAGGUGGAGACAGCGCCCUCGCCAGCUCCGAGCCAGACUCCCCCGCCGUCCCAGUCGUCAGACGAGACAGAGCCGGCGACAGCGGUGGCGGCGUCGGCGCCGGUGGUCACUGCCCGGCCCCCGCUGCGCCCGGCCUCCACCGCCGCCGGCCAGCCACCGCGCCCGGCUAGCGGCGCGGCGCGCACAGAACCCAUGGCGCCCAGACCAAAGACUGUGCCCACCGCCGCUCGGACGACAGUGAACACAUCCUCAGUGUCUUCAGUUUCCUCGCCCGCCGCCGGCCGGCCGGCUGUGAAAGCCUCCACCGCUGUGACCCCUGUAACCGCCCCUGUCGCCACUCGGCCCAGUGUAAGACCCUCCCCCGCCGCCUCCCCUGUGGGCGCCCCUGCGGCCGCCCGGCCCGCCGUGAGCGCCUCCCCGUCCGCCUCGUCGGGUUCUCCGAUGGUGCAGUCCAGUGCUCUGGCCGCCGUGGCCGACUCCUACGCGUCAGACGAUUCGGAGGACGAGGAGCCAGAGGUGCCGCUGGCGGCGGCUAACGGCUGUGAGAGUGGAGAGGACAGCCCGGCACGCCUGUCCCGCCGCGGCAAGCCGGUCCGCGACUACGCACUCAUGGUGGGCUGUAAGCGGCGCCUGCCUGUGACGGCCGGAUCGCCCAAGCAGGCCAAAACACCGCGAAAGAGCUGAGACGCGCGUGGUCUCUGGGACAGCGAUGGGAGAGGGCUGUUACAGCUACACAGAAGCCAGUCAUGGGAGGCGGGCUCGGCGGGCUGUUUGUUUGUCCGCCGGUGCCCUGGGGAAUUGAGGUGACGCUGCGCGGCGGCACCGGUCGGAUCUGAGCGCGGUCGCGGCGUCGCGGUAAGUAUUUAUGUCACGGUCACUGGGCCGUUGCUUCACUCUGGGAACAAGCCUCGCGCCGGGCGCCGCCCGCAAGGGAGCGCUCCUGGUGCCGGCCGGAGAAAUGUUGUGAUAUGCAGUCUGUGCCGCAUCGAUUGCCUGUGCGCUGUACAUUGUCUGUUGAUUUGUACAUAAGUGACCCUUCCGGCAGUUGGCGAUUUUCACAUGUUGUUGCCAGUUGACAAUAAACUGGCUGUCUAUCGUG